AUGUAAGCGUGCCCGGAAGUGAGUCUCGAUAUCAGGAGACGUUCACGGUGCUCGGACGUGAUACAACUGUCAAACAAGUUUAGUUAGUUUUGUUCAGCUUUAAUGUCGUCGCAGCUUUUGUUGACGGUUUCGUUUCGUGUUUGAGUAAACCGGGUGAAAGUUUUGAGUCGAUUUAAAGUUGUUUUUUUUAAGUCUGCGAGGUGAACUGUGUGAAGCUGCCUCUGGACCAGCAGCAGUCCUCCUGCAGUGACUUCUGAAACAGACAGAUGCUCCGAGGUGCAGAGUGCUAGAAGAAGCCCAAAAUGAAUGCACGGACCCUGUCACUGAGAGCGCUGCUGUUCCUGGGGCUUUGGCAAACUGGGAGAAGAAGUCUCGCCUCAGCACCAGAGCUGCAGAAUCAGCCUAAAAAUAUAGCUGUGGUCGGAGCAGGCAUUGGUGGCACAGCUGCAGCGUAUUACCUAAGGCAGGAAUUUGGAGCCGGGGUGAAGAUUGAUGUGUUUGAACCCGGCACUGUUGGCGGGCGACUAGCGACGGUGAAGAUCGGAGAUUACGAGUAUGAGACGGGAGGGGCGGUGAUCCAUCCGCUGAACCUACACAUGAAGCACUUCAUUGAAAGAUUAGGUAUCCCUGUGAGGAACGAUGUCCCCUCUAAAAUGGCGAUCUUUGAUGGAAAUGAGCUCACAUUUGAAGAGAGCGACUGGUUUAUAGUAAACUUCAUCCGCAUCCUUUGGCGUUACGGGUUCAACUUUAUACGAAUGCACAUGUGGGUGGAGAGUAUUUUGGACAAAUUCAUGAGGAUCUACCAGUAUCAGCAGUACGGUUACUCAUUCUCCACCGUGGAGAAGCUCCUGCAUGCCAUGGGCGGUGAUAAUUUUCUUACCCUGCUGAAUCAGACCCUGGAGGAAACCAUGAUGGGCGACGGAUUUUCGCAGGUCUUCCUCAACGACAUUGUUGCGCCCAUCAUGCGUGUCAACUAUGGCCAAAGUGUCCGCAUCAACGGCUUUGUGGGAGCCGUUUCAUUAGCAGGAGCAGAUCCAGGCCUCUGGGCAAUCCAUGGAGGCAAUAAGAGAGUGUGCUCGGGGCUGUUGUACAGCAGCAAAAGUGAGCUUAUACCCGCCAGGGUGACCUCCAUAUCAGUCAAGGUUCGACCAUCUAAGACAGGGUCCCCAACCAGCUUCUAUGAGGUCAAUUACGUUGGAGAGUCAGGUUCAGCGCACUCUCUGUAUGACAUCGUGGUAAUAGCAACACCGCUUCAUGAGGGAAAGUCUGACAUCACCUUCUCAGGUUUCUCACCUCCAAUUCCCUCUCACUACCCCGGACGUUACCAACAGAUAUUCUCCACCCUAAUCCACGGCACGCUGAACAUGUCUUACCUCGGGACCAAAGAGCCAGCCUCCGAGUUCACCGUGUCCGAAAUCCUCACCACAGACUCAAAGGGCUGCUCCAUCAACAGCCUGAGCUCUCUUGACCCUGUACAGAUCCCCAAGGGUUACAAGCGACCUCCUGCCAGCCAUCCCAAAGUCUGGAAGGUGUUCUCCCCACAGCCGCUGUCCCAGGAGCAGCUGCAGGACAUGUUCCUCUCCUGGGAUUCAGUGUCUGAGACUCAGUGGCUGGCUUAUCCUUCCUACCGCCGGCCGCACCGUAAGACCCCUCCGUUCAUCCUGCAUGACCGGUUGUACUACCUCAACACUGUGGAGUGGGCGGCUAGUGCCAUGGAGAUGAGUGCUAUCGCUGGCAGGAAUGUGGCCCUGCUGGCACACCACCGCUGGCACCAACAGGUCGGCAAGAUCAACCAGGAAGACCUGCACACCCGGCUAAGAGGGGAACUCUGAGAUGAGAAUCAAAAGCACUAAAAUACUAUCAGUCAAGUACAGUGUAAAGCCACAUGUCUACCACACGUUUUUGUCAAAUUCCAACUUUCAGGUAUCUAGGGUGCUCUGACCUUUUUUUAAAAACUAAAGCACCAUUCCACUUUUGGCCAUCAUCUCUAUCUUGUACUCCUGAAAGUAACUGCUGAGAUCUGGGAACUUGGCCACAAGUCAGAAGUCAAACAAACUGAAUGUGCUGACAGUUUGUAAACAAGUAUAACAAGAUUCUUUACCUGCAAGUAAAGAACCUCUCAUUGCACAGGAAAACUGUGCACACACAUCUACUAAUCAAAUAUGUUAUUGUAAUGUUGACCCAGAAAGUUGUCACAGCAUUUCUCUUUAAAAUAAGAUUCUAACCUGCAGGGUUUGUUUAAAGCCCACUCUGUGACUGUUUGACCGCCCAUGUUUAUUCUCUUUAGUUAACUAAGAACAAACCGGGAUUAUCCUUUUAAUUACCGUAACAGCAGCCAAAGUUCAUCAUUCACCAGCAGCAACAGUAGCACAAAUCAAAUGUGGAUCAACAAUUGUACUGUGCUGAAAUUUGUAAUCACUGUGAAACAUGUUGCACUGCAGGGUAGACACACACUCUUUAAGUCUACCUGCCUAUACGAGUGUCUUGAACAGAUGUAUAUUUUUCAUUUUUUAAGUAUAUCAAGAGUAAUUUUGGCUUUCGUCUUUAUUAAAUAAUUCUGAUUUAAAAGUUAGUUAAUUCUUCAGGUCUUCCUGUGUCAUUUUAAUUAAGAUAAUAUUCAGGGCCACAAAGGCCGAACUGACACAAUGAAUUUCUGUAUUUUGUUGUAACUGUUUUUCUGUACCUGUGAUUUAGCAGAUGAUUGUGUUGCUUAAAAAAAUAGUUUGCUAAUUGUUUCUUAAGCACAUUUAGAGCUGUAUUUUUCUAGAUCAUUGAAAGAUGUCUUCUGGUUGUAAAUAUAUGUCAAGAUAUAUAGGAAAACUAUUAAUUGUGCAUUGUAAUUGACAGAAAUGUUUUACAUUUAAGUUCCCUUGCUAAUGCCAAACAACCAUUUGACUUCCUCUGCACAAAUAAAAUGAGGCUUUGCAUUGCAAAUCAACACUGAAACCUCCUGAAUGGUACUGUAUGUCAUUCCGAUCACAAUAAAGUGAUGAGACCUCG